UCCAGCCCAGGGGGGUAACCGCCCGCGCGGAGAAGUCGGCUGCCCUGCACGACCCUCGCCUCCGCGCAGCCUGCAGCCGUUUCGCCGCGUGCAGCAGUGUUUGUCCGCCCGGACUCUACCGCGUCGUAGACGGGGCCGGCAAGCCCGUAGUCGAGCCGGAAAACGCGCGCUGCAGCCUGCCGCGGCGGCGCUGUUUGCUUACUCCGGCGCCGUCGACGCAGCCAUCGACUCCCAAUGUGGCCAGCAGAACGCUGCUCGGUCAGCGAGAGCUGGCUCGUUUUUCUUUCGCGCCGAGAGGGUGGAGGGGGAGGCAACGCCGCCCUGCCUCUUUCGUAAUGCCCCCCUCUGCAAGCGAGGGCGAAGAUGGACAGUGGGCUGUCGCGAGCCGGGCUGACGCUGCUGUUGUUGCUGCUGCUGCCCGCCACUUUCCAAUGACGAUCUCUACAGCGGGGGAGAGCAGCGCCCACCUUGCACGAGGGACAGGAGGAACAUCUUGUUGUGAACAGACUCGAUGUCCCGCAAGCCCGUCCCAGCUUACAAAUGUGUUCGGGUCGCCUGUUACGUAUACUGAAGGUAUACCGGAAGAUUACUUACUCAGGAUACAUUCAGUAUACGAACAGGAGGCGCCGUGGAGAGCAGCGCUCGCAUCCAUCGUCCCGGAGGCUGGAGUCCCGCGGGAUGAUGGCGCAGGGAUGCGGGACCAAGAUGGGAGGAGGAUGCGGAGGAGGAUCGACACGGGGACGCCGUCCAACAUGGCGUCGGGAGGAGGCCCCCUGCGAAAAGCGGAGAGAGGAGCCAGCAGAGGGAGAAGAACCUGGCGUCCCGAAAUGUCGCCCACUGCUGGCCACGUUUCGAGGCAAGUAUUUUCGGCUGGGUCUUUUUUGCACGGACCGUUUCCUAUAGAACGGCAACUUCGCAGACCAACAAGAAUCACAACUGCGACAUAAUCAGGAAAAAAAAAAGAAAACAGUG